UUUUAAUGUAAAUAAACACAUUAUACGUAUGAUUAUAGUUAUCAUAUAAAUAAUUAUAUAUAUGAAUUCCUACAGAAAUUUAUUUAUUUUUAUUUUUUUGCCAAUUGUUGUUAACAAUGCGCUAUGUGAUUCCUUUAAAAAUGAUUAUAACGAUGCAUUAGUAAAUGUUAACAUUAGAAUUAAAGAAAAAUCAGAUGAAUAUAUUGUCAUAUUUAAACAUUAUUAUUGGCCGCGUACAAGGGAAAAAUACAUUCGAGCAGCUUUAAGCAGUGUAAAUAUUUCAGAUUGGAAAAUUGUUUUGCGUCCAAAGUUUUCGUACUUGAAUCCCAGUGAUUUCGAUGUGGUAAAAUCUACAAAAAAUUUUGUGCAAAAACUGUCGUCGCACCCAGCAAUUAAACAUGUUAGUUAUCAGUCUCACAUUAAGAGGAUACUUUCUUAUACAACCGUAUCUAAUGCAUCUAGAUUAUAUUCUAAGAGCAAUACGAAGUUUGUGAAGCAAAAUAUAUUGAAAAAUGUACCCAUGGAGCUAUCAUAUACGCUUAAUGCAGAUAUUUUAUGGGAUAGGGGAAUUACUGGAGCAGGAAUAAAAGUUGCUGUUUUUGACACAGGAUUAGCUAAAAAUCACCCACAUUUUCGAAAUAUCAAAGAGCGGACGAAUUGGACAAAUGAAAAAACAUUGGAUGAUGGUGUCAGUCAUGGAACUUUUGUUUCAGGAAUAAUUGCAUCUUCAAAGGAAUGUCUUGGAAUAGCUCCAGAUGUAGAACUUCAUAUUUUCAGAGUUUUUACUAACAACCAGGUUUCAUAUACUUCUUGGUUCCUUGACGCCUUUAACUAUGCAAUGUUUAGAAAAAUCAAUGUAUUAAACUUAAGCAUUGGCGGACCAGACUUUAUGGAUAAACCUUUUGUUGAUAAAGUAUUAGAACUAUCAGCAAAUAGAAUAAUUAUGGUAUCGGCGAUUGGAAAUGAUGGUCCACUUUAUGGAACUCUUAAUAAUCCUGCAGACCAAAGUGAUGUAAUAGGUGUUGGUGGAAUAAAUUCUGAAGAAAUAGUUGCAAAAUUUAGUUCAAGAGGUAUGACUACUUGGGAAUUGCCAUAUGGCUAUGGACGACUUAAACCUGAUAUUGUUACUUAUGGAAGUCAAGUAAAAGGAAGUAAUUUGGACGGUGGUUGCCGAACUCUGUCAGGUACAUCUGUUGCAUCGCCUGUCGUGGCUGGGGCUAUUGCUCUUAUUUUAAGUGGAGCUCCUAACAAAUCUGACGUAAUUAAUCCCUCAUCUGUAAAGCAAAUUGUUAUAGAGGGAGCAACAAAAUUGCAACAUAAUAAUAUGUUUGAGCAGGGCUAUGGAAAACUAAACAUUUUAAAAAGUAUGGAACUCCUACUUUCAUAUCAACCGAAAAUUACGCUGAGUCCACCGUACAUUGACUAUACUGAACCAUAUAUGUGGCCAUACAGCUCUCAGCCAAUGUAUUGUGGAAGCAUGCCAUCGAUUGUAAAUGUCACAAUAAUAAAUGGAAUAUCUGUAAGGGGAAAAAUUUCGAGUAACCCAAUAUGGCAUCCAUAUAUAGAUGAGCAUGGAGAAUUUAUUGAUGUUAAUAUUACUUAUUCUGCUGUAUUAUGGCCAUGGACUGGAUGGAUGGCUAUUAAAAUAUUUGUUAAUGAUAAAGCCUGCUUCUUUGAAGGUGAAUCUAAAGGUCAUAUAACCGUUAAAAUUCAAACCUCUCAAUUUGAUGACACCUUUAAUACUACUACAAUUAUCUUUCCCAUUACUGUCAAAAUUGUUUCUAAACCACCAAGACACAAACGAAUAUUAUGGGAUCAAUUUCACAACUUGCAAUAUCCACCCGGUUAUAUCCCACGCGACAAUCUUCGAAUUAAAUCAGACCCAUUGGAUUGGAGAAGCGAUCAUAUACACACAAAUUUCCGUGAUAUGUAUCAACACCUUAGAAAUCUUGGUUAUUAUAUAGAUACACUUGGAAUGCCUUACACAUGUUUUAAUGCGUCAAAUUAUGGAACAUUAAUGAUUGUUGACCCAGAAGAAGAAUUUUUUGAUGAAGAAAUUUACAAAUUACAGGAAGAUGUUUUUGAGUUUGGUCUUGGCAUUAUUAUAUUCGCUGAUUGGUAUAAUUCAUCUGUAAUGAAUAAAAUGAAAUUUUUUGAUGAAAAUACAAGAGAAUGGUGGAUUCCAGAUACUGGUGGAUCUAAUAUUCCAGCACUAAAUGACAUGCUGCAAGGAUUUGGAAUAUCAUUGACUGACAAUGUUGUUAAGGGAUAUUUCCGUCUUGGGGAGCAUAAUAUGUACUAUGCCAGCGGUUCAACCUUGGGAUUAUUUCCAAAACACCCAGAUAAUAUUGUAAUUAAUGCAAAGCUAAAUGAUCAGGGUGCAGAGAUAAUAAACAAUGUGAACAUCGCAGCUUACAAUCGAAUAAAAACAAAAUAUCCAAUUAUAGGAUUAUUUCAAAUGCAUCCAAUAGAUAGGAAAACAAUAUCAAUUCCCAGAUUAUUUGAUGUGAUUAAUACUGGAAAUGAUGUUUUUGAUACGAGCAAUAUUAAUAUUUCAAAUCCAAUUCUAAAUAAAAGAGUUUUACUUGAGUCGAAUAUGAAAUCUGUUACUGAAAUACGAGACACCAACAAUAAUUCAAAAAUUGAACCAGGAAUGUUCCACGAUAAAAAUAAACUGGGUCGGAUAGUACUGAUGGGUGAUUCAAAUUGUAUAGAUUCCACAUUUACAGACAAAUACUGCCUUUGGUUACUUAAAGCAUUUUUGGAAUACACAAUGAAUUCGUACACAUCAUCAUUACUUAAACAAUUAAAUAGCAUAUCGUUUUACUCAAACAUUAAAACUCACCAGACGUUACCAAGAAGAGUCAAAAAUUCAAGACUGUACAAAUUUUCGAAAGUUGUGAAACCCACCAAUAGUUUGAAGAAAAGACAUAUACAAUCUUGUGAAGAACUUAUCUUUAAUAAACAUUAUUACAAUAAUUUAUCUAAAACAGUGCUAACGUAAAAAUAUGUUUCUAACUUAAAAAUAUAUAAAUAUUCACAAUUUUUAAA